AUGAUCCAGGGUCUCUUCGACAUCGGUGGACGGCAGGAGACGGAGCGACCAACUGCUCGCGGGCGACAUAUCCACAGGCGCAGGAAACAGUUGAGAGUCGACCGCACCACGCCCCGCGGCGGGAAUCCCAACAUGCACCAGUUACAUUCCGAGGCCGCGCUCGUGCAUGUUCGCUUGUUUUUCUCCCCCUUCUCCUCGGUGUUUUUUAUGAAGCGAAACUUCUUUUUGCUCAAGGGGGCUGCAAUUUCCGAUCGCACGAGGGGAGUAUUCAGGCACGCGGUGGGGGAACCGGAAGAGAUCAGGCCUGCAGUGGGGAAGUUGUUACCGCAGUCGCUACCGGAGUCGCUACCGGAGUCGCUACCGGAGUCGCUAUCGGAGUCGCUACCGGAGUCGCUACCGGAGUCUCUACCGCAGUCUCUACCGGAGUCUCUACCGCAGUCUCUACCGGAGUCUCUACCGCAGUCUCUACCGGAGUCUCUACCGGAGUCUCUACCGGAGUCUCUACCGGAGUCUCUACCGGAGUCUCUACCGGAGUCGCUACCGGAGUCGCUACCGGAGUCGCUACCGGAGUCUCUACCGGAGUCGCUACCGGAGUCGCUACCGGAGUCGUUACCGGAGUCGCUACCGGAGUCGUUACCGGAGUCGCUACCGGAGUCGCUACCGGAGUCGCUACCGGAGUCUCUACCGGAGUCGCUACCGGAGUCGCUACCGGAGUCUCUACCGGAGUCUCUACCGGAGUCUCUACCGGAGUCUCUACCGGAGUCUCUACCGGAGUCUCUACCGGAGUCUCUACCGGAGUCUCUACCGGAGUCUCUACCGGAGUCUCUACCGGAGUCGCUACCGGAGUCGCUACCGGAGUCUCUACCGGAGUCGCUACCGGAGUCGCUACCGGAGUCUCUACCGGAGUCUCUACCGGAGUCUCUACCGGAGUCUCUACCGGAGUCUCUACCGGAGUCGCUACCGGAGUCGUUACCGGAGUCUCUACCGCAGUCGCUACCGGAGUCGUUACCGGAGUCGCUACCGGAGUCGUUACCGGAGUCGCUACCGGAGUCGCUACCGGAGUCGCUACCGGAGUCGCUACCGGAGUCGCUACCGGAGUCUCUACCGCAGUCGCUACCGGAGUCUCUACCGGAGUCUCUACCGGAGUCUCUACCGGAGUCGCUACCGGAGUCGCUACCGGAGUCGCUACCGGAGUCGCUACCGGAGUCGCUACCGGAGUCGCUACCGGAGUCGCUACCGGAGUCGCUACCGGAGUCGCUACCGGAGUCGUUACCGGAGUCGUUACCGGAGUCGUUACCGGAGUCGCUACCGGAGUCGUUACCGGAGUCGCUACCGGAGUCGUUACCGGAGUCGCUACCGGAGUCGCUACCGGAGUCGCUACCGGAGUCGCUACCGGAGUCGCUACCGGAGUCGCUACCGGAGUCGCUACCGGAGUCGCUACCGGAGUCGCUACCGGAGUCGCUACCGGAGUCGCUACCGGAGUCGCUACCGGAGUCGCUACCGGAGUCGCUACCGGAGUCGAUUUAA